UGUGCAAGGAUUGCACAUGAUGAAUUUAAGGUAUAAGCCUCUUCUGUUCACACUCUUCCUUUGUUUGUUCACUUUUCUUUCCUUUCCUCCCUCCCUCCCUUCCUUCCUUAGGCAUUAUGGACAGGAGAUGGUGAAGAUGUUGCUCAAUCAUCAAAAAUUUAAAAUGCUUUUGGAACGAUCUCUUUCCACCAGUGACCUGGAAGAUAUUCUGACAAGAAUGAAGAAGAAAGGGAUGGAAAACCAGAAGGCUGAACGCCCAUCUGUCAAGGAGCUGGUGAAGAAGAGGAACGAUGGCUCCAAGAAGCCCCAGGCCACAUUGUCUUCUAGCAAACGAGUGAAAUCUACCUCUGAUGGAUGCCUCCUACACCGUGCACAAGCCCAGGUCACGUUACCUCCGGUUGAGGAAGAAACGGAGCUGCUCCAGAAGCUUUACAAUCUCCUGGAGGCCAAGGGGUUUCAGACGCGCAUGGAAGGAGUGUCACUCCUCCAAGACCUGUGCAAAACCAGCCCCCAGCUCAUCUCCACUAACAUUGUCCAAAUUUUUGAUUACUUUGUCCUGAGAAUAUCUGACAGCCACAAGAAAGUGAAGCAGAAGGCACUGGACGUGCUGGCUGAAAUCACAGGUGUCCUGAAAGAUGCCUUGAACCCGGUGAUCAUUGGUUUGGUGGAAGGAAUAACGAAGAACCUGAACUCCAAGGACCCCAGGGUUCGUGCCGCAGCUGUGAAAGCGCUGGAAGAAUCCAUUGCUCAUUUAGAUAAAGUAUCACUGCUGAAAGAGUUCAGCUACCAGUGGAAUCACCUGAGUGGCCAAGCUCUGCUGGAUGUCACGGAGUGUAUCACAGGUAUGGCCUCCCCUUCUAGGCCAAGAGGUCUUCCCAGGGAGUAUUUACAGGCAAUGCCUGUGAACAGACAGCAGAGUAGCUCCUCCAAACCAGGAGGUGCUGAGCUUGUCCUUCCUGCCCAGUGCCCAAGGCAGGUGUAUUUGGCAGGUUUCCCUGGCUGCUGCAGAGCUGUGCAGCACCUGAGAUGGGGGCAGAGCUCG